AUGUCUAUGCCUGACGAGGACGAGCGACCGCUAAGGUCACGCAAGAGUGACCGACGCAAGUCCGGCGGCGGCGAGGCGGCCGUGGUGGCGCCACCGUCCGUGCCGGAGCGGCGGCGGUCGGGCGACUCCCGUCUCGGCGACCGACGGCGGUCGGCAGAUGCUGCGGGGACGGACGCGGUUGCCGCGGACGACCACGACGACGAAGGCGUGAUGAGUCCGGACAGCGAUGACAGCGGCAAGAAGAUGACGCGUGAGGAGCGUAAGAUGCAGGCGAUCAUGCGUGCGUUUGCCAAGCUAGAGAAGCAGGAGCAGCGGCGACGCGAGGCCCUCGUCCGCAUCGGCUCCACGGAGAAGCCCCCAAAGGAGAAGGUCGAGAAAGAGGAGCCAGCGGCGCAGGAGGGGAAGCCAGCUGCCGGUGCCGAGGAGGAGGAGGAGAGCAAGCCGGCAGCAGGAACGCCGGUGGCGAGGGGGAGGCCAACGCGGGGGAGGAAGGAGCGACGGAGGAACGCAUCGACGCCUGCCAAGCGGCACAGUCUGCUGGAGAGCGCCAGCUCCGAUGCCGUGCUGUCCGCCGACGAGUCCAACUCGAUGCCGGCGCCACCUGGCAUCGACAGCGCGCAGUCCACACCGUCGACGCCUCUCGACAAGGUCUUUCGCUUCCCAAAGACGAAGAAGGUAAGCGAGUAG